AGGUAAAUAAACUGUAUCUCUAUAUCUCGUGGCGAAAUUCGGCACAGCCCAGUUUAUCAGUCACCGUCAAUAAAGCUAGUCGCCAGUGCCAGCUAUUGUGUUCCGUUCCAUAGGCAUUUAUAUUAGCAGUAAAAUCCCAAAAUAAGAUGAGCCUUAACUGUUUGAGGGUUGCGACCCUGCGUCUACGUGCCAGUUCGCGGAUUGCACAGAAUGUUGGAAGUGUCCGUUCGUACAUCGUUGAAGCUGGCAAACUUGCGCCGAUCAGUAGUUACCACCAUGACAGUAUUCGCAGUAGUGAUAAGUUUCAAGUGAAUAAUUCGUUAGCUCACGGAAAUCACCGGUGCUACUGUAGUAAAUGCCCAGAGAACAGGUUCGAUCCGCACACUAUCGACUUGAGUGUGGUGGCCGCCUACGAUGAAAUCGUUGACCUGCCAAACCAUCCCGAAAAGCUGCUGAUCGAUGUCCGUCGACCAGACGAACUGGCCGGCACUGGAACCAUCCCAACCAGCAUCAAUAUUCCACUCAAAGCCGUCGAAGAGGAGCUGAAGCUCGGCGCAAACCAGUUCGAGAGCAAGUACAGCCGGCCGAAGCCAAGCCAUGACAGCCCCAUCAUCUUUAGCUGUCGAUCCGGAUAUCGAGCCGGUACUGCAGCAGACAUCGCCGAAAAACUUGGUUUCAAAAAUGUCAAGAACUACGUUGGCUCAUGGCUGGAGUACGCCGAGAGGAAUGGUCUUCCGCUGGAACCGGCGGAGAACAAAUUUUACUGAUAUAUUAGUUUUAAUAUGUGUGUGUAUGAUGGAAUCGUAAUAAACCAACCGCUGCACGGCGGAAUUGGCGCCCCUUUAA